GGGGGGCAGGGAGGGAGUCCAAAACUAGCACCUAGUUCACUCGUUAUUAAGCACUCUUAUUUCUUCUCAGCACGCAGAGUGGGGCUUCAAAGGACCCGUAGGGGAGGGAAGUAGAGUGGCGGACCUCGGGGUAGGCCUCCUGGCCUUGCUGUCAGGGCCUUCACUAGGCCCCCCUUCUCUGCUCCCUUUCCUCACCUUAGCUGUUGUGCUGGGGCUAAAAGUAGAACGGAGGGGGGAGGGGGGUCACGCUCCCUAACCCCCUCCCCCACACCCACCUCCUGGAGUCAGGGAGUGGUUGGUAAAAGGGGGAGGCCAGUGAAGAACAAACAGGUUGUCAGAAGUUGAGUGAUUGGAGCCCAUGUACCCUACUCAGGAAUGGUUGGGGAGGAGGAGGAAAAGGCAGGAGGUAAGGAAGGGGGAAGGGGGGCGGAGUUUUGUCACCUGUCACCUGCUCCGGCUGUGCCUAGGGCGGAAGGGGGGGACUGGUAUAAAGCAGCAGGCGCCAGUGCCGCUCCAACUCACUGCAGUGCGGCUGGAGUCUGCUCUGCCCCCUCCCCACCAGUUCAACACCACCAUGACACCUGGCAUCCAGUCCCCCUUCUUCCUGCUGCUGCUUCUUCCAGUGCUUCCAGGACAGAAUAGCGUUACCUUAUCUCAAGUCUCCACCACUGCCCUACACUCGACCAAUUCUGUGAUCACUGCAACUCCAAGCAGCAGGUCUCCAUCAAGCUCUGCCACUGGGGCUCCAAGCAGCUCAGCCUCCACCCCAGCCCACAAUAACACUUCAGCCCCAACUGCAGGGACUUCAUCAGCCUCAGCUGCCACUUCAGUACACAGUGGCACUUCUACUAUGGCUACUACAACCCUACUUGACAAGGGUACUAAAUCCUCAGUUUCCAGCCAGCCGUCUGACAUUUCCACCACCGCUGCCAACAUGAGCAACAGUACUGUUGCCAGUAGCAAUAGCCAUAGCACAGUGCCUCCCUUCACCUCCUCCAAUCUUAGUUCUCCUUCCCAGGUAUAUGUUAGGGUCUCUUUCUUCUCCCUGUCUUUUUACAUUUCAAACCUCAAGUUUAAUUCUUCCCUGGAAAACCCUAGAACCAACUACUAUCAAGAACUGCAGAGGAACAUUUCUGAAUUGGUUUUCCAGGUUUAUAAACAAGAUGAUUUUCUGGGCCUCUUUAAUAUCAUGUUCAGACCAGGAUCUGUGGUGACAGAACUGACUCUCGUCUUCCGGGAGGGUACCACCAAUGCCAAGGAAGUAAUGUCACAGUUUUAUCAGCUUAAAGAGGAAGGAUCCAAUUAUAACCUGAACAUCUCAAGAAUCAAGGCGAAUGAGGUGCUGUUUCCUUCCUCUGCCCAGUCUGGGUCUGGGGUACCAGGCUGGGGCAUUGCCCUGCUGGUGCUGGUCUGUGUUCUACUUGCGUUGGCCAUCUUAUAUCUCAUUGCCUUGGCGGUGUGUCAGUGUCGCCAGAAGAACUAUGGGCAUCUGGAUAUCUUUCCAUCCCGGGAAACCUACCAUCCUAUGAGUGAAUACCCCACUUAUCACACCCAUGGGCGCUAUAUGCCCCCUGGAAGUACCAACCGUAGCCCCUAUGAGGAGGUGUCUGCAGGCAACGGCGGAGGCAGCCUCUCUUACACGAACCCAGCAGUGGCAGCCACUUCUGCCAACUUGUAGGGACAGGUCACCUGCUCAGCCUCAGCUACCAGAAGUGCCUCAGGUUCUCCACUGCCAGAGCCCCCCUCCCCCAAUCUGGGCUGAUGAGCUGGGAAUCCGGGUGGGCUGCUCACAGCCUCCCUCAGAGGCUCUACCAAGCCCCCUAACCCAUCUUAGCCUGGUGAAGCCCAGCUGUGCCCUGGGGGAUAUGCCUGGGACAGUGGGGCCGUGGUAGCUCUCAGGAGGAUUGGCCUAGAAAUUCUGGCCACGGAGGUGAGGACCCCAACAUGACUGAAUAAAAUGUGGCCUCGUCACAAUAAAAUGUUGCCAACUUGUGA